CGGCUGACGUCGGACAACAAAGAUGGCGGCGGGGAGCAGCAACUACUGGGAAGAUCUCAGGAAGCAGGCAAGGCAGCUGGAGAACGAGCUGGACCUGAAGCUGGUCUCCUUCAGCAAACUCUGCACCAGCUACAGCAGCAGCCGAGACGGAAGGCGCGACAGGUAUAGCUCUGACACAACUCCUCUCUUAAAUGGAUCAAGCCAGGACAGAAUGUUUGAGACCAUGGCUGUGGAGAUUGAACAACUCCUGGGAAAGCUGACUGGAAUAAAUGACAAAAUGGCAGAAUACACAAACAGUGCAGGAGUUCCCUCCCUGAAUGCUGCUCUGAUGCACACCUUGCAGCGCCACAGAGACAUCCUGCAGGAUUAUACACACGAAUUCCACAAAACCAAAGCAAACUUCCUGGCAAUAAGAGAAAGGGAGAACCUGUUGGGAUCAGUAAGAAAAGAUAUAGAGUCAUAUAAAAGUGGGUCUGGUGUGAAUAACAGAAGAACAGAACUAUUCCUGAAGGAACACGAGCACCUUCGAAACUCAGAUCGACUGAUAGAAGAAACAAUAAGCAUUGCCAUGGCAACUAAAGAAAAUAUGACUUCCCAGAGAGGGAUGUUGAAGUCAAUACAAAGCAAGAUGAAUACCUUGGCUAAUCGGUUUCCAGCAGUGAACAGCCUGAUCCAGCGCAUCAACCUUCGGAAACGACGAGAUUCCCUCAUCUUGGGUGGCAUUAUUGGCAUCUGUACCAUCUUACUGCUGCUCUAUGCUUUUCAUUGAUGGAUGUUCCCCCAUGGACUCUGCUCAACUCAUCACCACCAUCCCUGCCCCCCCAGGCAAAGCAAAGUGAGGGGGGGAAGCGACAGACUUCACCAGCCCGCUCGGCAUGGCUGGGAGCACCAGCACCAUGGCUGGAGCUUCUGAUGGUAGAUUGCCACGCUGGGUCUGGGUUGAAGCUGCAGUGUUUCUCCUUCCCUGCUGUUCCAUCUUCCUUUGGUUAAAUUUUAUGGGAUUUGUUUGUCUCUAAUUCACUUUCUCACUGCAAGGUAAGUAAAUAUGGGACAGCUCAUCAGAUCGGUUUCUGUGCUCAGCGGCGCUGGGGAGGUUUGUUGUUGGCUGGUGAGUGGAAGAAGAUUGUACCACUUGGCUUAGGUGGAAACUCCCCUGGAAGCCAUUUUCCACUCUAGGCCAAGCACAGUACUGAACACUUUCACCCUGUGAGAAGAAUAUUGCAGCUUUAAGCCAUCAGUUUGCUUCCCUACUAAAUCCAUGUUCUGUAAUUCUUUCUUAACUCCUGGUUGAGAUACAAGUUCUUUCUGCAUAAUUUGUGCUGUGGAAAUUGUGCUUCACACAAAUUCCUCAAAGUUAAAAAAGAAAAUAAUAAAAAAAAGGAUUGUUCAGUUCACUUUUUGCACAGAGUAUGAAUAAACUGCCCUCUGAGGAAGAUCUGUAAGGUUUCUUGUGGCUUUAAAGGAACUAACAAGUUCUCCUUUGGAAAAAGGGAGCAUGGGGUCCUAGCAGCUGUUUACUGUAGUGUUCAGUCAUCUUAAAAGUGACCAAACAGGAGUCCACCUAAAAGUAGUCUUUUGGGUGUAAAUACUUUGAUUUUGGCUGACAUCAGAAAGGUCUUUAUAAAAAGACCUUAUAAGCAGUUUGAGAAGUCUAUAUUGUAAUUUAGAUAAAGUUAUUCUAAUAACAUUAAUAUUUUUACACUGUAAGUAGGAUAUAAUCUGAACUGUCAGUUGGAAGUGAUGAUGGUUAUACCUGAGGCAGGUGUGUCUGUGUGCAGAAGUUCUGGACAUAACUCCUCGUUGUAAAGAGUUGAAUGUAUGAAUGUACAACAAGUAUUAUUUACUAUUAUCUGGGGGAGGGAAAUUGUUGUUUUCUUUUUUGUCCAGACAUGCAACAUGAAUCCUGAUGUGUUUGUGUCUCUAAGCAAAGCUGAGGUCAGGAAUGGCUUUGGUGUUGCAGGUUCACUGAUUACAGAUUUUUCUGCUCUUUCAACAGCUCUUUUCCAUCUGUCAUAUCAUAACCCAUUCAAACUGAGGCACUGAAAUCCCUUUCUAAGAACUUGAUUAACUCUUUUCACAAUGAAUUUGCAGUGCUCCUAACAGAUCUCACAUAUGCCAGUACCCACAAAUGUCAGACAGUCUCCAGUGUCUCCUCUGGAGCUGAGCCUAGAGGGAUGACCACAAUUUUUUACUGCUUUUUAUAGUGUCUGUGAAGUACCUGUUGGAGGGAAUAGAGACUUGUGCCUGUGUACUGUGCAAAAACCACAUUCUUGCACCUAAAAUGUUUGUAUGAAUUUGAAGGCUCGUUUGCAGAUUAAUAACUUUGUGCCAAGAGGUCGACCAAGACUUCUAACCAGUCAUCUUCUCGUUGGGAUUAGAGAGCAUUUGAAAUUAUUAGUACAUGUAAAACUGUCAGGCUUGCAUUUGAAAUAAAGGGUGAUGAUUUGGUUGAUUUAGGAAUGUUGCUGGUUUGAAAUGGAGUGUUUAUUAAAGGGGUUUGUGGAAAACUGUGAUGGAUAAAGGAGGUUUGUUACUGAAUCCUGUGUGUUGAGAGAUCAAACCUCUUCUCCCUGAUGCUUUUUCUUUGAUUUCACCACCACCCUAAGGGACCCAGAUCAGCAGUUGUGCUUCUGUGUAGGAUUUGUAGGAUUUGGUUGCUAUAUAGUUGGCAAUAUAAGAGCUGCAGUACCAUAAAUAAAUUCAUUUAUUUAAUCUUAUAACAAGUCUUUUUACUGGACUUAAUCGAUUACUUGGUGCAUCUGUUUAAUCUUACUGUGUGACAAAGCUGCUAUGGAAAACAUGUAGAUGAUAAUGAAUCUGUAAACAUAAUUGAUUUUUCAUGUUAUGAAAAUAUUAUGGAGGAACUGAUAUAUUUUAGUAUAAAGCAAUGGAAAUGUGCUGAAUUAUCUCUGAUAAAGCUUUACUGGAAAUGGUUUUGGUGUUGGCUACCCCUCCGUGGUUUUUAUUCAUAUGUUUUUUUGUUGUUGAAAAAUACAUUUAAUCAACCUUGUAGGUUCCCCUUCAUCAUCUCCUUGUGGUCCUCUGGCAGUGUGAGCAGAACUGCUGCUCUGCUCUCUGAGGUGUGUGCAGAGAAUUCCUGGUUCUCCUGCACAUCCCCAGUGACACGGACCUGUAGUCAGGGCAAAGGACUGUAAAUGGACCCAGCAGUGGAUUGUAGGAUUUAAUCUCAAACCCUAACAUACAGGUUUAUAUGUCUCCUGCUGCUAAAUAUCUUAAGGUUUUAUUUCUGUGUGGCUUCUCUUGCUCUAAGGAAAAAAUAGUGGUUAAAGAAUUCUCAUUUCUGCAGUUCCUGGCCAGGCUGCACUUUCAUAACCCAACCAAACAGGAUUGCGCUAAGAAAAUGAUUGCUAAGCCAUACAAAUGAAGUGAGAAAUCCAUCAUAUUUCUGCAGGGCACCUUUUCCCACACACCCUUUGAAAAUAUUUCUCCUUGAUUGUUGCCAAUACACCAGCACCUGUUUUAAACCUGUCCAGCAACCCCUUGGCUCGGGGUUGGAACAUGAGGGAUCGUAGCGAUACCCUUCGAUGCCCCUCUUCACAUGGACAUGAGUGUUUUUAUUCUUUGCAGGCUAUUUUUUUACACGUUGAUCUGACUUUCCAGAACUGGUUGCUAGAGCAGAGGAAUGGCCCUUGAGCACCACCCAGCAUGGAGUGUUCAGUUAAUAGUGAGUGUUUGUGUGGCCAGAGCCAUGAUUUCUCCCCAGCCCUGAACCUGGAUGGAGACAGGGCUCUGCUCUCCUCCAUGGCUGUAGCACCAAGCACUGAGAGUUGCUCUUCUUGGGAAGGCACAAUACUUUUAUUAACUAAUAUUGGUUUGGGGAGCUUUUAGACAUCAAAGUGGGGUUUAAAUUCCUGCUGGAUUCAUUGCACUGAAAAACCAGCUAGAAUUUUUUACUAGUAGUUUUAGAAGUCCUUUCUUUGGGACUGCCUCAAGAGUGCUGUGAGAAGAGUCAGUUCCUUGCUGGAUGUUGAAAACAAAAGAGCAAAAGUAGAUUUUUAGGUGAUGUUUCAGAUAAAUUUGUUGACAGCUUGUUCUCUGGGGCUGCCUCCUCUGAGGAGCUGGGUUCAUGAAGCUCCCCCAGAAGUGCUACUCAGGGAGCAAAGUCAGGUCCCCCACUUCUGAUUGAGUAACUCAUUUAGUUGGGACUAUUUUCACUCUCAACCUUGCAGCUUGUUUCCCAACACCACUUGAUGUGUAAUCUUUUUCCUAUUUUUACUUGCCCCCCCCCCCCGAAGUUUUCGUUUGAAACAGGAAGGAGAGGGAGCAGCUGUAUCACUUGUGAAGGAGGAAAUAAUUCUGAAACUCCUUAUAACAGCAUCAGAUUAUGGAAGCCUGCAGAGCUGUGGUUCUGCAGAGCCAUGUGGGGACAGGGGAGUUCAGUGGUCUCAUUCUGAGACCAAACUGAGCCACGUUCUAGGUGACAUCUGCAAGUGGUGCCCUGUGUCUCUCCUGGUGACUGGGUGGUUGAAACCAGUGGUGAUGCUUCCAGAUCUGAAUACAGAAAUGGUUGUUGGUCUCUCUGCUGCUGAGUGAGGAAAGCAGUUGAAACAAACACUCAAGACAAAAAAUUAAAACUCUCUCACAAAAUAUCCCAGUCCAGACCCUUGUAAAUGAGUUACUGAUUGCACUUUCUGAUGUUUUGCUUUUCAUAGAACUUCUUGACACUUCCUUUAUUGUACCUGUAAUUAUUUUUGUUCUCACCAAUUGUGCAUUCUCUGUAUGUAUUUAAAAAAAAAAAAAGCUUUGAUAUGUAAUUUAAUAAUAAAUUAGAAUUCUAAGCA